UUAACAAUUCAUUUCAUUUUAUCCUUAAAUACUACUUAAAGUAAAUAAAAUAGAAAAAUAAAUUAAUAAAUCUUUGAAUUUGAAGUGAUUCACUACUAAAAGUACAAAAAGAAAAAAAAAUUAACAUGUACCAGAUCGCCUUCCUGUUAUUACUUGCGUUUACCGUUAGCGCAUCACCACUUGAAGAACAACUUUUAACAGCUUUACAAUCUGAGCCAGCAGCUGAUCCAUCUAAUGAACAAAAAAUUCCUGUAGCAAUUGAAACAAAUUCCGACAAGGAUUUAGCACUAGAAAAAGAACCAAAACCUCUUGUUCCUGAGGAAGUUAAACCAUCAGAUGAAAAACCAGAUUUAACUGGAUCUGAAACAGGAUGGGGCUGGAGAGGAGGUUGGGGUGGAUGGAGAGGUGGUUGGGGCGGAUAUCCAGGUUACUAUGGUGGAUGGGGACGUAGCUAUUAUCCAAGACAUUAUGGCGGGUGGCAUAGAUCAAACUACUGGGGUUAAAAAUUUUAAAUAAACUAAAAUUUUAUACAACAUUUUCCAACUCCAACAUUUCUAAUAUGAGAUGGGG